CGAACUUGUUGCUUCAUUCAUUAUUUUUACGUGAGACAUCAAAGAAAAGUUUUUACAAAAUACUUAUGAUACUUACGAUCGACCUGAAUUUAUUUGGUGGCCAAAAUUUAAUUUGUGGAAAUUUUUACAAUUUCAAAUAAAACAUUUUGAUUUGAGAAAUGGCCAGCGAAAUUGGUGUUAUUGAUUCUGUAGAAUUGGAACCAUUUAGACAACCAAACAAUGCCAAAAUAAAAAAUGAUAAUGAUGAUGAUAAUCUGGCCAGCACUUCGAACGCAUCGAAUGCAAUGACUACUGCCACCUUAACUAUUAUUAAACCUAACUCAAUGUCAGCAAUAUCUGCAGUUUCAGAUAAUGAAGAAACUCAUUUGAAUCCUUACCCCUUGAGCACCCUGCCAGUUAUGCCGUCUACGUCGCGCCAACUUUUCAGUGAGGCAGCAAAUGCUCAUGGCGGGCAUGAAACGACAUCGUUUCUGCAGCAAGAGAUAAGUCAACAGCAGAGACUCAAAAGUGCAUCGUCGACAUUGGACAAAAGUGUAUCGCGUAAUCCAUCUUCAGCGGGUAAACAUGAAAAGAAAAUCGGCCAUCGUCGUGUGGACGACGAGGGCGAAGUGACUUAUAAGAAAAUUCAAAGUAAACAGAUAAUGGGUUCCAUACAACUGGGUAUUCAACACACGGUGGGAAGUUUGGCUUCAAAACCAAAGAGGGAUUUACUAAUGAAUGAUUUCUUUGAAAUGGAAACUAUUUCAUUUCCGCCCGACGGCUCUUCCAUUACUCCGGCCCAUCAUUAUAGUGAAUUUCGUUUUAAGGUUUACGCUCCAAUAGCUUUUCGCUAUUUUCGAGAUCUAUUUGGCAUUGCGCCAGAUGAUUUUCUAAUGUCCAUGUGUGCUGCUCCUCUGCGACAGCUAUCGAAUCCUGGAGCUUCCGGCUCAAUCUUUUAUUUAACCGAUGAUGACGAAUUCAUAAUAAAGACUGUUCAAAAGAAGGAAUGUGAAUUUCUCCAGAAACUAUUACCAGGUUAUUAUAUGAAUCUUUCCCAAAACCCACGCACUUUGCUGCCAAAAUUCUUUGGGCUCUAUUGCUUUCACUAUAAUGCCAAGAAUGUCCGACUUGUGGCCAUGAACAAUUUGCUGCCAUCAGACAUUAAAAUGCACGCUAAAUACGACUUGAAAGGAUCAACAUUCCGGCGAAAAGCCUCAAAGGCAGAACGACAAAAAGCCAGUCCCACCUACAAGGAUUUGGAUUUUAUGGAACAUCAUCCGAAUGGUAUUUUUUUGGAGACAGAUAAAUACAAUGCUCUUAUUAAGACCAUACAGAGGGACUGUAUGGUUUUAGAAAGUUUUCAAAUAAUGGAUUAUUCUCUGCUAGUGGGCAUACACAAUCUUGAUUUAGCAGCCAAAGAGAAGAGAGAAGAGCGCAUUCGUAAUGCCAGAGCCAAAUUGCAAAGAACGGAUGAGAUUCGAGAAGCAGACGAAGCACCUGAAGCAGAUCAAGUGUACAAUGCUGCUGCUUCGAGUUCUGCAGCGGCAGGCUCCGCUUUGAAUCGUUCACGCAGCAUGAAUCGACAUCGAUUGGUGGCUCAUUCAACGGCGAUGGAAUCCAUUACCGCUGACAUAGACACGCCCUUCGAAGAGGACGAGGACAUACCCGCAGGUGGCAUCCCCGCCAGAUCGGAAAAUGAUGAGCGUUUAAUAUUAUACAUCGGUAUAAUUGAUAUUUUGCAAUCUUACCGAUUGGAAAAGAAACUCGAGCACACUUUCAAAGCCAUUAUAUACAAUGGAGACACUGUUUCGGUAUGUCGUCCAUCAUUCUAUGCUCAACGUUUCCAGAAUUUUAUGGGUAAAACAGUGUUUAAGAAAACACCAACAUUUCCACUGAAGCAUUCCCCUUCAAAACGAAAGACAUCGAAUGCCACUGCGCGCACACCUCAGAGAACGCCAUCGCAAAGUGUUAGUUCAAACAGACCACCUUUCAUGUCUGGAUCUUCAACGCCUCCGCCGGCAUUCGAUGAUAUAUCCGAAGAAGAUAUAACGGCUAAUUCCUCUACGGCUGUACGAGUUUCGUCGCAUUCACGAAAUUUAAUGCCACAGAAAUCGUACAUGUCAUCUCAUCGCAGUACCCUGGGCAGUACCACAGACGACUAUAGCGAUGACGAUUUAGCGUCAACUACUGGCAGUACUCGCUCUCCCAUGCAAAGAAAAAGGGCCCAAUUACAUUUAUCGAAAACUAAUGUUCAUGUAACCACUGUGGGUUGCAUUGAAGACCAACCAUCUCCUAAUCAGCCUCAUCAACAUCCCGAUUAUAAGCAAUCGGAUGAGGGCAUAGAACAAGAUGUUGAUGGCAAAAAAGUAAUCACCACAAAAUCAACCUUCAUACAGGCCAAACAAGAACAAAUCUACACAUCCACUUUAGUUGUUAACGAUGUGGUGAGAUGAUGGUCUCAACAGUCUUCCAAAAGCUCCUUUCUCCUCUCUGGAGAGACGAAAGACUAAUCCCUUUGGUGAUUUCAAAAAUUACUUUUUGUUUUUAACUUGCUGUUCGUUCUUCCACUUCUAUUAAAUGAACUAAACAGUUAUAGCUUCGUUUUCUGCAUGAAAAUUUUCAUAUCAUAAAUCAACAAAAUCUUUACUUAUAUACAAUCUUAUUAUUAGCAAGAAUUAUUAUUUGUUUUUCUUAAAGCUUUUCAUCUUUACCUUCUGCUUCUUAAAACAUUUAUUUGCGGCCAGCAUAAUGAAAACGAAAACAAAAAUUCAACUCCAAAAGAAGUGCCUCUUAAUAAACGCGAAAACAAAAGCAAAACAUUGUUAACAAUUUAUAGUUUAAGUCGAAAUCAUCUCUACUUCUACAACUAUUUCUAGUAAUUUUACUUACAACUAACGCCCGCACACAUAUAGACAUAUAUACAUACAUAAAUUAAAACAAACAAACUUUAUAACAAGGACUUUCAUUUUUAAUGUUCAUUUAUCCUUUUAUUCAUGCUUUACAAAUUGUUUUCCUCUUUUGUUUAGUACUUUUUCAUUAUUUAUACUAGUUGCUUUUUAUUAUUGUCUUUUGUUUGUUUUUCGUAUUAUUACUUGUAUUAUUUAAGUUCAGUUUCAAUUUACAAAAUGUGAUGAUUUGUUCGAAAUGAAUUCUCCUUCCACUUAAUGUUUGUGUUUCAAUAAACCAAAAAAAAAAAAAAAA